AUGAUGCAAAUGUACGACGAAUCUGGAUUGACAAGACGUAGAGUGGAAGCUAGAAGAGCAAAGGCGGUUGCUGUGGACAAGUUCAAAAUGGGUGAUCUUGCUGGAGCCAAAGAAUAUGUUGUCAGGGCAAAGAAUUUGAAUCCAUUGCUUUGUGGUCUUCUCUGUCUCAAUACCGUUCUUGAUGUGUUGAUCGGUUUUGGGAAGAAGAUUAACGGUGAAGUUGAUUGGUAUGCUGUUUUAGGGGUUGAACCAACCGCAGAUGUUGAAACGAUCAAAAGCCGCUACAAUAAACUAUCUACGGGGAUUAUCUUGGAAAAUGACAAAUCUGUGGGUAGCAUUGUUGAAGCAAGCAAUAUAUUGGCUGAAUCUUGGAGAGUCUUGUGCAAUGAAAACAAGAGGAAGGCUUAUGACAGGAGACGCGGAAUCCAGCAACCAGUACAGCGUAAGAGAAGAGUUUCCAACGUUUUCAUGGGUACUAAUUCAUCAUCAUCAGCAACAACGGCAUCAGCAGCAGCAUCAUCAUUAGAAGAUAGCAGCUUCUGGACAACAUGCGGUAAUUGUAGCUUUAAGCACAAGUAUCCAAAGAGCUACAUAGGUCAUACGCUUGUUUGUGUUAAAUGUCGACAGCAAUUUGAAGCUAUUGGGCAUCCAGCUUCAUCGAUGAGUGAUGUUAACCCAUGGAGUUAUGAAAAGCAGCAGAACAAGAGAAAUAUUCCGAGUCUGAGCCUAAGCUUGAGCUUGGCUGAUAUCCCGUUGACUUUUUCAGCGCCUAAACCUAUGGCAAAACCUCAGAGUCUUGUAAAUUAUGUUUCUUCUUCCGAACAGUCCAAUGUUGGUUCUUUUUCACUAACAAAAGUCCCUCGAAGGUCCAAAAACACAGCUGAUAUGGUUAAGGAUAAGGAGGAGGAGCCUGCUUUAAGGAUUAUGAGUGUUCCGAUUCCUCAUUUCUACCAUUUCGACAAUUAUAGAACAGAAUCUUCAUUCAGAGAAGACCAGGUAUGGGCUGUUUUUGAUAAUCACGAUGGAAUGCCCCGGUUUUAUGCACUGGUCCAUGGUAUUGUCUCUCAAAAACCGUUCACACUGCGUAUAUCUUGGCUUGAGAGCAAGAACAAUGAGGAACUUGGUCCAAUGAAGUGGAUUGAUUCAGGGUUUUACAAGACUUGUGGACGCUUCUCUAUAGGGAGACGAUGCAAAUACGAGCUUCUAUACUCAUUCUCACAUAGAGUCCAGUGUACAAAUGGUGACAACGGGUUUGUGCAGAUCUAUCCAGAGAGAGGAGACGUUUGGGCUCUUUAUACAAACUGGUCACCAUCUUGGGGUUUCUCAACUCCAGAAGAAGUUGUGUACAAGUAUGAAAUGGUUUAA